AUGGCAGCUUCAAUGGUUAAAGUUUUCAGUUGCUGUUUCCUUGGCCUGCUAGUUCGUCUUUUCUUCUUGGGCGGUGAUUCGUUGUUAAGGGGAGCAGCCGGAGGGCCCAACUGCAGUUUAACGCUAGACGGUACAACGGUUGUAGACGUAGGCGUUCCCGGAGACAAAGAAGAUGUUUCGGUUGGUGAAUUUUGCAAAAGAAGGCCUACCAAUAACGGGCUACUACUCACGCUAACAGCGGUAGUGUUCAGCGGUAGGGAGAACGUGCCACUUUUGGACGAAUUCUGA